AUGUUUGCCCUGACUGCCAUUAAGGGAGUUGGUCGUCGUUACUCUAAUCUUGUUUGCAAAAAGGCUGAUGUUGAUCUAAACAAGAGAGCUGGUGAAUUAACCAAUGAAGAAUUAGAACGUAUAGUUUUAAUUAUCCAAAAUCCAACACAGUACAAGAUUCCAAACUGGUUUUUGAACAGGCAAAAAGAUAUUGUAGAUGGAAAAUACUCUCAAGUCUUGGCUAAUGGAUUGGAAUCGAAAUUCCGUGAAGAUUUGGAAAGAUUAAAAAAAAUUAGAGCCCAUCGCGAGUACGUGGUCAACACACCAAAACUACUGGUAGACGUGGUAGAACAGUUGGUGUCUCUAAAAAGAAAG